UUUCUUAAAUGCAAAUGUGAACGCGUGGACUCCCGCCGGCCUUCUUGGCCGGCUUUAAUGUUUAAUUAAUAUUGUUUUUAUUUUAAAUAUGCAUGUAUUCUUUUUCUUUUCUUGCGCCGUCCAAAUCAAAACGCGAAAGCAGAGGUUCGUGUCCGCCUGACCGACCCAAAUGGACAAAAAGCGGACAAAAUCGCGGUUUGUUUGGGUAGGCCCGUUGGAGUUGCUCUUAACGCAAGGCCGUCGUCAUCCUUAUAAGACCCCAUGCACUCGCUCUGCCUCCGGCACUCUGCACCCCUGCACAGGGUGUCCCCGACCAAGUACACCACCAAGCUUUAAACUCUGCUCUGCUACUAGUCUCGCCUACUCUUCUUCUCGAUCUCUAAGCUGCAGCCUGCAGCACGCAAACAGCGGACCGAUGUGCACCACCACCCCUGCGCCGUCGGCGCCAGCGGUGGCAGUCUCCGGCGGCAAGGGCCUCCACCACGUCUAUGUGACGCUGGCCCAGUGCGCCGACGUUCACGGGCACGGGGGCGACGCGGCCGGCGCUCAUUGUCACCCCCAGCUCAAGUGCCAUGGGGUUGACGGCCACGCCGUGCCCCUGACUGUGAAUGGUGGCGAGACUUUCCGCGAGGCGGCGGCACUGUGCCGGCUGGCGUGCCCGAUCGCGCUGACGGCGCUGCUGCUCUACUCCCGCACCGCGCUGUCCAUGCUCUUCCUCGGCUCCCUCGGCGACCUCCAGCUAGCGGCGGGUUCGCUCGCCGUCGCCUUCGCCAACAUCACCGGCUACUCAGUGCUCUCCGGGCUCUCCCUCGGAAUGGACCCGCUUUGCUCUCAGGCGUUUGGCGCCAACCAGCCGACGCUCCUCGGCCUCACCCUCUACCGCUCUGUUCUCUUCUUGCUCUGCUGCUCGCUGCCGCUCUCUGCGCUGUGGCUCAACAUGUCAAAGAUCCUCCUCUUCCUCGGCCAGGACCGCGAGAUCACGGAGCUCGCGCAGCAGUACCUCCUAUUCUCCCUCCCCGACCUCUUCACCUUCUCCCUGAUCCACCCACUACGCGUCUACCUCCGGUCGCAAGGUGUCACGCAGCCGCUCACCACUGCCGCGGGCGCAGCCGUGCUGUUCCAUGUGCUGGCCAACUACGUGCUGGUGGGGCGACUCGGGCUCGGCGCCGAGGGGGUUGCCGCCGCGGCCUCGGCUUCCAACUUCGUGCUACUCGGCGUGCUGCUGGCGUACGUCAGCCGGCGCGACACGGCGUUGCGGGAGGCAUGGGGUCCCACGGUGGAGUGGCUCGCCGGAUGGGGCCCGCUUGCGCGGCUGGCCGCUCCUAGCUGCGCGUCGGUGUGCCUGGAGUGGUGGUGGUACGAGGUGAUGAUCUUGCUGUGCGGGCUACUGCCGGAGCCAAAGCCGGCGGUGGCGUCCAUGGGCGUGCUUAUGCAGACGACGGCGCUUGUGUAUGUCUUCCCGUCGUCCCUGGGUCUCGGCGUAUCGACGCGGGUGGGAAACGAGCUGGGCGCGAAUCGCCCAGGCCGCGCGCGCUCUUCCGCUCGCGUGGCCAUGGUCGGCGCCGCCGGGAUGGGACUCUUGGCCAUGUCGUUCGCAGCGGGGAUGCGCCACGCAUGGGGUCGACUCUUCACCGCCGACGCCGACAUCAUCCGCCUAACUGCAGCCGCGCUGCCGGUCGUAGGGCUGUGCGAGCUCGGAAAUUGCCCACAGACCGUCGGCUGCGGCGUGCUCCGCGGCAGCGCCCGGCCGUCGCGAGCCGCGCACGUCAACCUCGGCGCUUUCUAUCUUGUGGGCAUGCCCGUCGCCGUCGUGCUUGCGUUCUGGUUCGGCGUGGGCUUCGUUGGGCUCUGGGUGGGGCUCCUCGCCGCCCAGGUGUGCUGCGCCGGGCUCAUGCUGUGCGCCGUGGGAUCCACCGACUGGGAGGCGCAGGCUCGGCGGGCUCAGGCGCUGACAUCGUCGUCCUCUCCAGACGUGGAGAUGUCCGACGCUGGGAAGGGCGGGGGCCACGCGUCGGCGGCGGCGGCCGCGGCAGGGGGAGCCGGGCCCGAGAAAGGGGAGCACGAUGAGGACAGGGCGGACAGGAGGCGCUACGAGCCAUUGAUCUCGAACGAGAAGGCCGAGCCCGGGACAGUGCAGGUGCUUUGAGAUUGGCGGAAAGCACGAUGCCAUUGUAUAAUUUCUUUCUUAUUCUUACUUCUGAUUAAUUGGACUGCUAUUGCUAUAAUAUAGUACUAAGUACUGUGCUAAUGUGUUCAUUUCUUUUUCAAGAUGUUCUCCGGUUCUUAUCACUUGGCUUUGUGUAUUAUUGGUGGUACCUAUAGCGUUAAGGACUGAAUCUCAUAUGUUAUCAACCAAAUGUAGUAUUUUUAUCCGUCCUAAGUCCAAUUAGCUAAGCUCUUGUUUUGGGUUGGUCGUUUUUCACGACUUCUAAAUUCUUCAUGAAAUAUGAUGGCUCACAAUUGACUAGUGAGCCAAUUAUAACUAUUUAUUUUGCCUAAUGAACCCAUAGCUGGCUUCUUCUUCCUUGGCCCUGUUCGGUACAACUUUUAAUACCUAUUCUCAUCGAAUGUAAAUCUAGAUUUCGAAGUGUUCAACUAGUGGUUGGCUCUAAAAUCAGUCUAACAGACACGUAAAAUACAAACCACAUCACUAUAAAAUUUUGUACAGCAUGUUUGGUUCAGAGCUAAACAUUGCGAGCCUAUUUAGAUAGCUAAUAUAAAGUCAAAGUGGAUUGGAUUUCCCAUGCACCUAGAUAACCACUUAAAUCGGAAAAUAGCGAAAAAAUUCAAAAAAAAUUGAAAUUGUUUUGGUGAGUGUUCUUCUAACGUCUGAAGUUUC